GGCCAUGACCCUCCGGCGGCGGCAGCGGCUGCGACCGAAGGAGGGCGAUGGGGCGGCCCCGGAUCGCUGCGCUGCCGAUGCCGAUCCCGAUCCCGGCCCCGGUCCCGUUCCGGAUCCCGGUCCCACCGACGUGUACCGGACUUUGGCGGCCUCCGGAGGGACCCUCCCCCGUGUGCGGAAGGAUAUGGGGUUCACGUGGCCGUCCCCGAGCGGUUCCCCAGAGGAGCACAGGCGGGUGGUGACGCUGCAGAAGGGAGCAGAGGAGACGUUUGGCUUUGAGAUCCAGACCUAUGGGCUGCACCACGCAGAGCACCGCCGGGUGCAGAUGUUCACCUUUGUGAGCCGCGUCCACGGGGGGAGCGCAGCUGAGGCUGCGGGGCUGCAGAGGGGGGAUACCAUCACGGGGGUGAAUGGGCAGAACGUGGAGGGGACGCGGCACCGGGACAUCGUGGACAUCAUCCGCAGUGCUGGAGAUAUGCUGAGGUUGGAGACCCUCUAUGGGACCUCAGUCCGUAGGGCUGAGCUGGAGGCGCGGCUGCAGUAUCUGAAGCAAACGCUGUAUGAGAAGUGGGGGGAGUUCCGCUCGCUGAUGGUGCAGGAGCAGCGCCUGGUGCGCGGCGUUGUGGCCAAGGACCCCUCCAUCUACGCCACCCUGGAGUCCCUUCGGGGCUGGGGGGGUCCGUCCUCCCCCCACGCCAGCAGCGACGAUUCCCUGUACCAGACGUGCGUCUUCACCGACGGCGUCGGCGACAACGACGGCGACGGCGGUGACAGAGGAGGGGCCACCCCCGCCCCCCCCCCGCCGCGCCCCCGCCCCCCUUUAACCCGCAGCGUCAGCCUGAAGUGCGGCAGCGGGGCGGGGGCUGCGGGACCGACGUGGGGCGGGGGUCGCUUCGGCGACCCCGGGGUGGUGUUAAGGGGGGGGGACGGCGCGGCCGCCCCCCCCCCGGAGGGUCGGCACAGCAGUUUCCGUCGGCGGCUGUUGAAGUUCAUCCCCGGAUUGAACCGAGCGUUGGAGGAGGAGGAAAGUCAGCUGUAA